AUAAAAUGUCGGAACACUUUGUGUUUUGUGGUGAAACAAAAACCAUCCUGGAGACAGUUAUUAAUGUCGCUGUUGAUUUAAUUAAAAACUCAAAAGAGGAGAACCUGAUGAAGGAGCCAAACCGAAGACGGGAGACAGAUUUAGCAAACACUUUGGAAAUGUUGGCACGCGAGGCAACGAGAAAGCUGAAUGGCAUUUUCUUCCAACUGUCCUCAAAGCUGCUCAACGAAAACUCGACUCUGAAGGUGGAAGUGAGCCGGCUGGAGAGCGAGCUGAAGACUUUGAGUGGAGACUUUGAAAAUGCUCGACUGUGGAGAGAAAACGUCCUGAACGGCUGCCCGGUCCUGUUCGAGCAGAGCGGCUUGAUCCACACCCUGAAGCCGAUCGGGAAGUUAAAACUCAAGACGGGUGAACUGACUGAUGGAGGCGCAGAAUCAUCACCUGCUGUCGGGAUACAGGGGGGACACGAUGCUGAUGUUGGGGAGACAACAGAGGAGGUGAACUCUGAAGCUGUGUCCUCAGAAAGGAGACAAGAAAAGAUUUUAAACGACGACGUGGAGGAUCGCACCACAGAGGAAUGUAAAAACACACAGGAAGCAGGAGUCAGGAGGAAAGGGAAGAUCUUUGUGUGCGAUGUCUGUAACAAGAGCUUCAACCGGCAGUUUCAUCUGAUGAAGCACAUGAACACUCACAAAGAACAGAGGCCCUUCUCCUGCGGCCAGUGCCCGAGGAAGUUCAGGAACACGGCGACCUACGAGUACCACCUGCUGCGGCACGAGGAGAGGAAGCACGCCGCCUUCAAGUGCCAACUCUGCGAGAAGACGUUCAAGAGCAAAAUGAACCUGAAGACUCAUCAGCUCGUGCACACCGACACGAGGCCGUUCACCUGCUCCACCUGCGGGAAGGGCUUCAAAGCCAAACACAGCCUGCAGGCUCAUCAGACGGUUCACUCCGUGGAGAAGCCGCACAAGUGCUCCGAGUGCGGCGAGAGCUUCAGGUACGCCGUCACGCUGCAGUGCCACAGAAGCACUCACACUGGGGAGCAUCCCUACAAAUGCGCUGUGUGCGGCAAAACUUUUGUGAAGAGGAGAUCCCUCCGCACGCACCAGUCCGUCCAUCGAGGGAAAAUCUUCACAUGUGAGACGUGUGGAGCGGGCUUCACGCUGCAGCACAACCUGAAGAGACACAUCCGCAUCCACACGGGCGAGAAACCGUUCAAAUGUAAAGUCUGCGGGAAGAGUUUCAUUCAGGACAACAAGCUGAAAGUCCACAUGCUGCUGCACGGGGCGUCAAAGUCCUUCAUGUGCGACCUGUGUGGGAAAACGUUUCUUUACAACUGCCAGCUGCAGAAACACCAGAAGGUCUCGCACGACGACCGGCUCAACGGGCAGGUCGUCACGCGGCGAGCUCGAGAGCGAGGCAACCGCAGAGUCAUCUACCGACGGGACAGGACCACGGUCGACGUGACGCCGUUCAGCUGCAAGACCUGCCACAAGGGCUUUGACACGGCGGCCGCGCUGAAGAGACACGAGCUCGUUCACACGGGUCAGAUGCAGCACAACUGCGACACAUGCGGGAAGUCGUUUUUCUACAAAGCCACGUUCGACUACCAUCGGCGGAUCCACUCCGGAGAGCGGCCGUUCGGCUGUGACGUGUGCGGGAAGCGGUUCAUCAUCCUUCAGGCUCUCAAGUCCCACAAACUGCAGCACUCUGGAGAGAGACCGCACAAAUGUGAGCAGUGCGGCAAGGCCUUCAGGAUCUACACAAACUACCUGAGGCACCUACGGGUCCACACGGGGGAGAAGCCGUACGAGUGCGAGGUCUGUGGAGCGAGGUUCAGGCAGCUCGGACACGUCAAGUUUCACAUGCAGGUCCACACGGGAGAGAGGCCGUACUCCUGCAGCAGCUGUGGACUCGGCUUUUCAGACUCAAGGCUGCUGAAGAAACACAACUGUAGUGAGAAAAUGUUGGGAAACACACUCAGUACAUCGUUCUUCAGGAUGUCAGAUCCGGAGUCGCGGAUUGGCGCCAUUCUGGAAAUUAUGGUUACGGCGUCUGUUACAGAAAUGACGAAAGUUAUCAUCGGUUCUGAUUCAACUCGUGCAGAAGAGUCUUCACACGGUGCUGCUGAACACACAGACGGGUUUCAGGACGACAAAGUGAUCCAGUUCAGCGUCUUCAUGGCAUCUCUGGCUCGAGAGGCCGUAGAGAAGAUCUGCGAGCUUUUCCACGAAUGUUCUUCUCUGCUGCGGCUAGAAGUGACGCAGAGUGUUGCAGAGAUCGAGGACCUGAAAAGGAGACUGGAGGAGGCAGAGACGGAGCUGAUGCUGGUGCUGGAGGGCAGCAGAGGCCAGGUGGAGGUAGAGGAGGUGAUAGUGGGAGGGACGGCUCCAGCCAACGGAGCAGGAAGAGAGAUAGUGAAGGGCCGGCGCUCGGGGAGGAAGAGUCGCAGAGUUGUGGCUGCUGGUGAAGCUGGAGUGAAGAGGUCGCCUAUAAUUCACCUGUGGAAAGGCAGAACUUAUGAGGACAGUGUCCAGCCUGUGAUCAUAAAGGAGGAAGGAUGGGAAGCGUUGGCUGACCAGGCGUCCUCUGAUUCUGGUCAGUACAGAGAUGACCAGGCCCAGGACAAUAGUGACGACCCAGACUACCAGCUGGAGCCAGAAGAUCCAGAAGACGGCGAUCCAGGAUUCACCACCAGACCCAAACGCGUAGUUAAACCCAGGAGCAGUCGAGGUCGAGCAAAGAAGGAGAGGAAGACUCUGAACAAGCUGCCUCUGAGCUGCAAACUAUGCAGGAAGACUUUCCCCAAGCUGCAGCAGCUCAAAGCCCACCUGGCAGUCCACGAGGCAAACACAGAGAAACCUUUCCACUGCUCUCAGUGUGGAAGAGGUUUCUCAUUCCAGCGAAGUCUCAAUGCACACAUGCUGCUUCACACAGGUGAGAGACCACACACCUGUGAUGUUUGUGGAAAAGGUUUCACCCUGAAGCAGCUCCUCAGAAACCACCAGCGUCUCCACACCGAUGUUCGGCCCUUUCGCUGCGAGCAGUGCGGAAAAAGCUUCUACCGAGCUCACGGCCUGAAAAUGCAUCAGAUGGUCCACACGGGGGAGCGGGCCUACAACUGCCAGCACUGCAGCAAGAGCUUCACAAUACCAGGAAACCUGCAGCGACACCUGCGCAUACACACGGGGGAGAAGCCGUACAAGUGUGAGACUUGUGGUAAAAGCUUCAACCAGGCAGACACUCUGAAAGGCCAUCAGCGGAUUCACACCGGCGAGCGCCCCUUCAGCUGCGAGACAUGCGGCAAAAGUUUCAUCCAGAAGAGUGCGUUGAAGAUGCACCAGAAGACCUCGCACGCAGGUGAGAACACGCUGGCCUGUGUGGCGUGCGGCACCGUGGUCGCCUGCGUGGACUCGCUCCGGAAACACCUUCAGACGCACGCGGCGACCAUCCCGUGCAUGUGCGUGCUCUGCAGCCAGCGGCUCAGCUCCAUCACCGACCUGCGCUCGCACCAGCAGCACCACACGGUGGUCCGGCCUCACAGCUGCGGCCUCUGCUGGAAAAGCUUCAAGUCGUCCAGUUACCUGAGGAUUCACAUGAUGACGCACAGCGGCGAGCGGCCCUUCUCCUGCGACGUGUGCGGCCGCAUGUUUACACAGCACAGCAGCCUUAAAUCUCAUCAGGUGGUCCACACAGGAGAGAAACCGUUCAGCUGCGAUACAUGUGGGAAGUGUUUCAGCAACACGGGCAACCUGAACAGACACCAGCGUAUCCACACCGGGGAGAAGCCGUUCAGCUGCGACACGUGUGGACGCAGCUUCAACCAGGGAAACAGCCUGAAGGCCCACCAGCAGAUACACACGGGGGAGAAACAGUACAUGUGCGACAAGUGUGGGAAGAGUUUCUCCUACCUGAGGAACCUGAAGGACCACAAGUGUUUCUACGUCUGACACUAAACUGAGAUCAGUCGUCUGUUGAGUUCAGGAAGAAACGAGUGGAUAGAUCAUAAACUAUGAUUGUGCAGUUAUAGGAGUUUUGUUAACCAUGAAGGUAGAAAUGUGUGUCUUCAUUUUUCAGCUAACUACAAAGAAAGUGGUGGGAAUAGAUGGAGGAGUUCAAAUGCUUUCAUUAAAAACUAUUUUAAAGCUGGA